AUGGCUGGAGAAAAGACCCCUCAUUUUGAUACCUUGCAGCUGCAUGCUGGCCAUGAACCAGACAGUGCUACCAAUUCACGUGCUGUUCCUAUAUAUGCAACUACAUCCUAUGUCUUCAAUGACUCUGCACAUGGAGCUCGCCUAUUCGGCCUGAAGGAGUCAGGUAAUAUCUACAGCAGAAUUAUGAACCCUACUGUGGAUGUUCUCGAAAAGAGAAUCGCAGCCCUCGAAGGUGGUGCUGCAGCCGUUGCAGCAUCUUCUGGUCAAUCGGCCCAGUUCAUGGCCAUUGCGGCACUUGCUCAUGCAGGUGACAAUAUUGUCUCGACUUCCAACCUCUACGGUGGAACUUACAACCAGCUCAAGGUCUUUCUUCCGAGAUUGGGCAUCAAAACGAAGUUUGUGAACGGUGACAAUGCGGAUGACUUCAAGAAGGCUAUCGACGACAAGACUAAAGCUGUGUAUGUUGAGAGCAUUGGGAACCCGCGAUACAACGUACCCGACUUCGAAGCAAUCGUCAAGAUCGCGCAUGAAGCUGGUGUGCCGGUCAUUGUCGACAACACUUUCGGUGCCGGCGGAUACUUCUGUCGUCCUAUCGAUCAUGGAGUCGACAUUGUUGUCCACAGUGCUACCAAAUGGAUUGGCGGACAUGGCACUACUGUCGGAGGAAUUGUAGUCGAUGCUGGCCGCUUCGACUGGGGCACUCCCGAGGCAAGAAAGCGAUUUCCUGAGAUGAGUGAACCUUCGGAAGGUUUCCACGGCCUCAAAUUCUGGGAUGCUGUCGGCAAGCUAGCUUUCAUCGUUCGAGUCCGCGUGGAGAUACUUCGCGACGGCGGUAUGGCUCUCAACCCUUUCGCAGCCCAGCAACUUCUACUGGGUGUGGAGACUUUGAGUCUACGCUGCGAAAGACAUGCUCAGAACUCGCUUGCACUGGCACAGUGGCUUGAGAAGAAUGAGAACAUUUCCUGGGUCAGCUAUCCUGGUUUGAAGAGCCACGCUAGUCACGAGCUGGCCAAGAAGUACCUCCCAAGAGGUUUCGGAGGUGUGCUUUCCUUUGGUGUCAAGGGAGAUGCCAACGCCGGCAGUCAAGUUGUUGACAAUUUCAAAUUGAUAUCGAACCUUGCAAAUGUUGGCGAUGCAAAGACAUUGGCAAUCCAUCCUUGGAGUACCACUCACGAGCAAUUGAGCGACGAGGAAAAGAUCAACAGCGGAGUCACUGAGGACCUUAUCCGUAUUUCUGUUGGCAUCGAGCACAUUGACGACAUCAUCGCAGACUUUGAACAGUCUUUCGCAGCAUCCAAGGCUGGACCCAAAGGCGAAGAUCAUCCCGAAAAUGCUGACAAGAAGCCUGAUGCGGACGAGCCAACGAGACUCGAAGUGUAG